AUGUCCAACGAAGAUGAAGCAUUCCAACGUACCGAUGAUGGCGAUCUGAAAGCUCCUACAUUAAUCGCGACCGAUUACUUGGAAAUUGCAGUUCUUGCCGUGGUAUUGUGUAUCGGUGUACCACUUAAUGCAGUCGUACUCUACAAACUGCUAAAGCAAUAUUCAAUUGGAAAAACACUCAAUCGAGUCAAGCAGGACGAUACGCGAAUUGGCUUUUUGAUGUUGAAGAUUCACUUGACAAUUGUUGAUCUUAUUUUCAUAAUUCUUUAUUGUCCCAGUAAACUUGUUUGGCUUGUUUGCUAUGUGUGGCCAUUUGGAGCAUUUUUGUGCAAAGCGGUUCAAUACUCAUGGAUGUUUGCCCACCAUUCGAUGUCAUUUGCAAUUGUGAGUAUUGCUAUUGAUCGUGCUAAAACUGUUCACGAUCUGAUGGCUAUGCGCGAACGAGGCCGAGUAAUGGCACCUAACUCCAAAAUUAACUGCAUUAAGAGAAUGAUUGUGCUGACGUAUUUGGGUGCUGCAGCCCUUUCACUUCCGCAAUGGCUUGCUUGGACAACGGCUGACUUAGGCAGUUGGUCACAGUGCACCACCAUAUGGCAUCAACAACGAGCCAAAGAUUUCUUGAGUGGGCACGAGUAUAGGUAUUUCUUCUACUGGGAACAAAUCUAUACAAUUGUGCAUUUGACAACGAUGUUUUGGGGACCGUUCGUGAUUUUGUUCUUGUCAUAUGCCUGCAUUACACUCUCAUUGUUCCUUUACUCAAUGAAGUCAACAAAUGAAUCUGCUACUGCUGCUGAACUUCAUCGAAUUGAUGCGGAUGACAAGUUGGUGAAAUCCAUUUCUAAUAACAUCUCUCUUCAACCGCGCGCAUUUGAAUUGAUAAUAAGUAGCAAACGCUUAACGAGCCUAUACAAUCAUUGUUCACUCGAUUUCACUGCAAUAAAUUUUGAUUUUUCUUUGAUUUGCAAUUUUUGCUGGAGAAUUGAAUUUUGA